AUGCGGCCCUCUGUGUUCUCGCGGCGUCUGGCCGUCUUCGCGGCCGUCGCUCGCCUUGCGGCGGCGGCCACUACCGUCUCCAGCACAGUCCUGAUCAUUGCAGCCGACGACGAGUCCGUUGCCGCGGCGAGUCCCGGCCUGGACGGCUACGGAAUUCCGUGGGCCAAGGUCACCAUCCCCCGGGGCGGACGACAGCUGCCCGAGCUGAACUCGACGGCCGCGGCGGGCAACUACGGCGGCAUCAUCCUCGUCGGCAGUGUUUCCUACGAGACCAACGGAACGUACAGCAGCGCCAUCACGACGGACCAGUGGAACCAGCUCUACUCUUAUCAAUCCGCCUUCAAAGUCCGCAUGGUCCGCCUUGCCGAGUAUCCUGGUCCGCAGUUCGGCACCACCGCACUCGGCGAGUGCUGCAACGCCGAGGAGCAGCUCAUCAGCAUCAACAGCAGCGUGGCCUUUGCAGGGGCAAAUCUCAAGACCAACGCGCCGGUGAGCACUCUUGGCCUCUGGCACUAUCCCGCCCAGAUAACCGACGCGGGCGUCGCCACGGCCUUUGCUGCCUUUUCCACAAACUCCAAGUUUCCCACCGAGUCCGUCGCGGCCGUCAUCAACGACAUUGACGGCCGCGAACAGAUGGUGUGGUUCGUCGACUUUGCUCCGGAUUGGUCUCUCACGUCCAACUACCUGCAGCACAGCUACAUCCACUGGGUGACUCGCAGUCUCUUUGUCGGCAAACGAAAGGUCUACCUGAGCACGCAGGUGGACGACGUGCACCUCGCGACCGAGAUGUAUCUGCCCGCCAACACGACCUUUAGGCUCCGGCCGGAAGACCUCGACGCCCACGUUGCCUGGCAGAAGGACAUAAACGGCCGCCUGCCUGCCGGCUCCGACUACUGGAUGGAGCUCGGCCACAACGGCAACGGUGACAUUGAAUCGGCCGUGACCCUCGAGUCCCAAGCCGGAAGCACUGUCGAGUGCCGUCCCGAUGCAGCCGUGGAUUACAUCUCGCCCCCCGACACCCCCCUCGAGUGGGCGAAGCCGCCCGGCUCGGGAACCGACCUUUGGCCCUCGUCGUUCCAGUCGUACAACUGGUCCAAAGAUUGCGCCAGCUUGGAUCCCCUGGCCCGGUGGUUCCUCGACACAAACAACCUCAACGCCUUUGGCCACGUCUCUCACACCUUUUCCCACGAGGAACUGAACAACGCCACCUACCACGACGCCACCCGCGAAAUCUCCUUCAACCAGGCCUGGCUGGCCCAGAUGGGCAUCUCACAGGCCGCCAGGUUCUCGCCGCACGGCCUCAUCCCCCCUGCCAUCACUGGCCUGCACAACGCCGACGCCAUCAACGCGUGGACGGCCAACGGCAUCAAGUACGUCGUGGGCGACAACACCCGGCCCGUCCUGGUGAACCGGCAGAACCAGUUCUGGCCGCUGGCCUCGACGGUAGACGCCAACGGCGCCACGGGCAUCUACAUCAUCCCUCGUUGGGCCACCACCAUCUACUACAACUGCUGGUCGUCAGACUGCACCGUGCAGGAGUGGAAAGACACCUCGGGGGGCUCUGGCACCUUUGACGACCUGCUCAAAGACGCCCGCACGACCAAUGCCGCCCACCUGCUGGGCCUCAAGCCCGACCCCUACAUGUUUCACCAGGCCAACCUGCGUCAGACUGACAUGCCGGUCAUCGCCGUGGGGUCCGAAACCAAGAAGAUGUCCUUGAUCAUGUCUUGGGUCGAGACAGUUGCCCAGGAGAUGGUCCGCCUGACGAACUGGCCUCUUGUCUCUCUGAAGCACGACGACACCGCCGCCUGCUUUAUCAAUCGUAUGACCCUGGACGGGUGCAAGCCCCGGGCAGACUACACGUACUCGGACGACGGCACGUCCAUCACCGCCAUCACCGUGUCCGCCCAGGAUACGAGCUGCAGCGUUCCCGUCCCCGUCACCAUCCCCGGGGGCAGGACCGUCUCCGCCAGCAGCGGCUCUCCAAAGUCGGACAAUGUCGGAAACGAGCCGCCGAUCAUUUGGGUUACAUUGUCUGGGUCUCCGGUGACGCUGACGUUGAGCUCGCCCAGGCACGUUGCCCGUUCAUCAGGAGGUGUUUGCGGGGAUGCAUUUCCUGUACUUUGCCACUUUUUCUUCGUUGUAUAA